UGCUCCUCCUUAUCUGUGGGCUGGAUCAGUCCUAUGUGUGGCAUCUGGCAGGUAAAGUUGCCAGGGGGUCCUGCACUGAAAAAAUCUCCAGACCCUCCCACAGUGGGAUGUUUUGUGCGUCGCACUCGGGGCUGGUUUCUAUUCAAAUGUGGGUCAGGGGUGAGGAAGCCUAACGUCAUAAGCUUGCAACAUGGCGUCCCGAAGGCUGUGAGAUGAGCAGGAGGAUGGUAGCGAACGCUUGAGAACGAUAUUACCGAUGUAACAAGCUUCAGGUGGUGCAUGUGACGGAAGCCAGAGAAGGGAAGUGGAAAUGGAACUGCCAAACCAUGCCAAACAACUGUUGCUGCAACUCAACCAGCAGAGAGCCAAGGGCUUCCUGUGUGAUGUCAUCAUUGUGGUGGAGAACGCACUUUUCCGGGCCCACAAGAACAUCUUGGCAGCAAGCAGCAUAUAUUUUAAGUCUCUGGUCCUUCAUGAUAACCUCAUUAACCUGGACACAGAAAUGGUUAACCCCUCUGUGUUCAGACAAGUCCUGGACUUUAUCUAUACUGGAAAGCUCCUUUCCUCUUCUGACCUGAGCAAUGAGCAAAAUUUCAGUGCCCUCUUAACCGCAGCUAGCUACCUCCAGCUCCAUGAUCUUGCUGCUCUGUGCAGAAAGAGACUGAAACGCAGUGGUGGGAAGCCCCUGCCAGGUAAACCCUCCACUCCAGGCCCUCUUAGCCGCUUACGCCUCAACAACCAGCACCUUUCCUCCUCCACCCCCACAGGGCCGAAUAACCACUACCCCCCUACAUCCUCCGACAUGGACCAGCCACAGCCCGAUGAGGGCCUUCGGGACAAGCUCUCAGAUGAUGAGAUGUUUGUCGGCAGCUCUGGGAAAAAUGCAGGGAACGGCAGUAGUAAUGGAAACCUCAGCAGUGGUGGAAGUGCUGGAGAGCCUGAUCUUGGGUUAGAUCUGUCCAAAAAGAGCCCCCCCUCUGCAGGAACUGCCACUGAUGCCCUCAGCCCUCACAGCAAUUCCCAGGAAUCCCCUCAAUCUGCCUCAGUAUCCACAACCAACAGUGCCUCACUGGAUGACUCUUCAGCCACACUCCCAGGAGUGGACAACUGCUUGGACCCUGUAGAGGUCUCCUCCAAAGCCUCUGAGGAUGGCCCAUUGCAGCCCGAUGGACCGCCCCCUCAAAAGAGAUCCAGACAGGGCUCUAGAAAAAAUGAAUGGCCCAGAAGAGAAGCGUCAGGUUUGAAAUCUGAAGAUAAUGACAGGCCCUUAGUUAAUGGAGUCAUAGUUGGUCCCAAAGAUGGCCGCUCAUCUGGUGUUGGUGCAGGUAGCGCUAGCAGCUUUACCUCUGAACAGUCAUAUCAGUGUAAAGAUGAAGAGGAUGCUGGGGAGAAUGGCCAGGACCACAGUGAAGAUAGUGCUCAGAGUGAUGGAGAGAGUACAGGGUGUCGAGGAAAUGGAGGGGGCCACCGCAGCACCAACUAUGUUUACCGCCAGGAAGGGUUUGAGCCAGCUUUGGGGGACAACCUGUACGUGUGCAUUCCAUGUGGCAAGGGCUUUCCCAGUUCUGAGCAGCUCAAUGCCCAUGUGGAGACGCAUACUGAGGAUGAGCUCUUCAUCAAAGAGGAAGGAGGGACUUUGGUGAAGGAGGAAGAUGAGGAGGAAGCUGAGGAUCUUUCUGCUACAGUUGGGCCCUCUAGUUUUGGCUCAGAAACGCGUCCAUUCAAGUGCACAGUCUGCAGUAAGAGCUACAAAGACCCGGCUACAUUAAGGCAACAUGAAAAGAGCCACUGGCUAACCAGGCCCUUUCCUUGCAACAUCUGUGGCAAAAUGUUCACCCAGAGGGGCACCAUGACACGCCACAUGCGCAGCCACCUCGGCCUCAAGCCGUUUGCAUGUGAGGAGUGCGGCAUGCGCUUUACGCGGCAGUACCGUCUGACCGAGCACAUGCGUGUCCACUCUGGAGAGAAACCCUAUGAAUGCCAACUAUGUGGGGGCAAGUUCACCCAACAACGCAACCUCAUCAGUCACCUGAGAAUGCACACCUCACCAUCUUAGAAACUAAUCAAGCCAAAGAACUCUGGGAAUAAAAAAAAGGAUGUUUGUCUACCUUUUCUUGUCAAAAAGCAAAGAAACGCACAUGUACACACCAUUAUACCCAUCAUGUCCUGUUUACAAUAACUAGGUUAAGUGAACAACAAAGCGUCUUUAGCCACAGCUGGUUGGCUCUUGUGGAUGCUGAAGUCCUGUUAAGUGAUGUCUGCUCACCUCUCAGGAGUUGGAGGGACUGUCUCUCUACAAAGUCAUGUAGCCACAAGUAGGGGGUAUCACUGCUACAGUUCAAAAUGUGAAUGUGGGUUCUGAUAUAAAAGACUCCCCUUUAUACCCCUUGUCAACCAGUCACCUAUACAACUUUUUCAACUGUUUCCUUAACAUUCAGAUUUAAAGUACUGUCUGUAUUUCAGUGCUACUUUGACCAAAAAACCUUUGCAAACUAUACUGGCAAUAAUUUAUCAAAGUUGGUUUUUAGAAUGACAGCUUUAUAUCUUUUGAUGGUGGUGGGUAACUGGGUUUGGGACCAUCUCCUUGCUUUAAAAGAUAACCCAGAAACAAGGUGGUAUGACAUUUAAUAAUAUUUGUUUGGUCAAGAAUUACAAUACAUCUCUACAGCUGUCCAUGGAAGGUGGUUAUUUUUGCCUGCUUGUACACCCAGGAGGGAUGUCCUGGUAAGCGGUACAUGUUUUACUUAAAGAACUUGUAAUGUUUCAGUGAAUGUUUAAACUGGAAAGUCUUGGGAUUUUUCUUGUAGA